AUAGAGAGACAGAGAGAGAAAAGGCUAUGCCGAUGACCGUACACUCCGUCAUCGCCACGAACCUAGCUCCGACAGUAUCAUCGAAUUCGUUUAACCGGAAUGUUUCUCGCCGUCGAAUCAACUUUAGCUCCGUGAAAUACUCGGUGGAGACGGCGGAAGCUAAUCGGUGGGUGAAGCUGAAGAACGGGAACGAUUCACUGGAGAUAUGCAGAGUUCUUAACGGCAUGUGGCAGACGAGUGGAGGAUGGGGUAAGAUUGAUCGAAACGACGCCGUUGAUGCUAUGCUUCGAUACAGCGAUGCUGGUCUCUCUACCUUCGACAUGGCUGACAUUUAUGGUCCUUCUGAAGAUCUUUAUGGCAUUUUUAUCAAUAGAGUUCGUCGAGAACGUCCACCGGAGUACUUGGAAAAGAUUAGAGGUUUGACAAAAUGGGUACCUCCUCCAGUGAAAAUGACUAGUAGUUUUGUUCGUGAGAACAUCGAAAAAUCGCGGAAGAGAAUGGAUGUGGCUUCUCUUGACAUGCUUCAGUUUCACUGGUGGGAUUAUGCGAAUGAUGGUUAUCUUGAUGCACUGAAACACCUCACUGACUUAAAAGAGGAAGGUAAAAUCAAGACAAUUGCUUUGACAAAUUUUGAUACAGAGAGACUUCAGAAAAUCUUAGAGAAUGGAAUCCCUGUUGUCAGCAAUCAGGUGCAACACUCCAUUGUAGACAUGCGUCCUCAACAAAGAAUGGCUCAGCUUUGCGAACUUACAGGCGUCAAGCUUAUAACUUAUGGGACAGUAAUGGGUGGUCUCCUGUCAGAAAAGUUUCUUGGUACAAAUCUAACAAUCCCUUUUGCUGGCCCUCGCUUAGAUACUCCUUCUCUUCAAAAGUACAAAAGGAUUUUGAGGGUUAAACUACAGAUGAUUGAUGCACGGGGAGGGUGGAAUCUAUUUCAAGGUUUACUUCGAACGAUGAAGACAGUAGCCACAAAACAUGGAGUCUCUAUUCCGACAGUUGCUGUGAGAUAUGUACUAGAUCAGCAAGGAGUAGCUGGAUCAAUGAUUGGGGUGAGACUCGGGUUAGCGGAACACAUACAAGAUGCAAAUGCUAUAUUCUCAUUGGUAUUGGAUGAAGAAGAUGUUAAUAGCAUACAAGAGGUUACCAAAAAAGGUAAAGAUCUUCUCCAAGUGAUUGGUGACUGUGGAGACGAAUACAGACGUAUAUGAAUGCACAUGGUAGUAUGUAAUUUAUACAGUAUCAACUCAUGUAAUUAUACUUUUAUGUGUAGAGAAUCCUUUUUACACUAAAAGACUUCUCUGGCUUUAUUUUUCUUGUCAA